AUGGGCGCCUCAACAGACGACGCCAAAGUCAAUCGACAGGAACAACUUCAACCACAAGAAGGAGACCACAGGGAGCAUUCAGGCCCUCGCAAGGUCAAAUCGGUCAUCAGCAAGGCCGAGAGUGCUGUCAAAUUCUCUCUCCAGGCCCAGAAGCUCUCUCUAGAGCAGCCACAGCAGACAAAUGAGACACCCACCAGCCCAUCAGAGUCUCACCUGCAGCAUCCAUCCGCCGUCGCUACCCAGGCGCAUUUCGUCACUCCUCACGACCCCGUCAUUAUCACUGCCGAUGGAAAUCGUCUCCCCGGUGUGCCUCUUGAGGAAGCGCACAGGCUGAAUUCCCUGCGAGAUGAGCUAGAGGGCCAGCCGGAAACCAUAGAGAUCAAGGAGGCUGCUGACGGCAAGACCAUAGCCAACACAUCUGGAGAAAAUGACCAGUCGCAUGUCAUCGAGCUCCCCAAGAACCAGAAGGGGCACAAACUUCAGGAAGAGGAGAAUGGAAAUGAUGGCACGCUACAGAGCACCAGGCCACCUUCACACACGAACCCGCUGUUCCCUCCGCUACCGCUGUACGGGCCGCCAUCCUUUCUACGAGACCUACAAUGCGCCUUCUUUCGGUUCUCCUCGUUCUUCCUGAGCCUGGCCUUUCUGGGCGUCAUUGUAUUAGGGUCACUAUUCACCAGCAUACCACUCCUAUGCAAGAAGAUCUUCUACACGCUGACCUUCAGGGACCUGGACAAGGAGCGCCCCUUCUACGCCGAGGAGAUACGCCGAGAAAGGGUGAGAAAGGAAAAAGCCCAGGCUUGGAAGAAGAUGCACUCUUCAAGCACGAAAGAAAGCAAAGCCGACUUCCCCCCUGACGAAUACCCGCCCACCGAGGGGGGGCCAGACCCCAUCAAGUGCGACGUGGGCUACUACGCCCGCCGCGUCGGCCUCGACGUCGAGGCCUGCCAGGUCCAGACCGAGGACGGCUUCAUCAUCGACCUGUGGCACGUCUACGACCCGAGCGAGUACACCCCGCUCACCCCCGCCGAGCGCGCCCACCGCGGCCCGGACGUCUUCCAGAGCUCCUCCCGCACCCGCCUCCGCGACCCUGCCCGCAGGCCCAAGUUCCCCGUCCUCCUCAUGCACGGCCUCCUCCAGAGCGCCGGGGCCUACUGCUGCAACGACGACGCCUCCCUCGCCUUCUGGCUCUGCAAGUCCGGCUACGACGUCUGGCUCGGCAACAACCGCUGCGGCUUCACCCCGCGCCACGUCCUCCUCCGCUACGCCGACCCGCGCAUGUGGUGCUGGAACAUCCGCCAGAUGGGCGUCUUCGACCUCCCCGCCCUCGCCUCCCGCGUCCUCUCCGAGACGGGCUUCGCCAAGCUCGGCCUCGUCUGCCACUCCCAGGGGACCACGCAGGCCUUUGUCGCCCUCGCCAAGGAGCAGCGGCCCGAGCUGGGACGCAGGCUGACCGUCUUCUGCGCCCUCGCGCCCGCCGUGUAUGCGGGCCCCCUCAUCGGCAAGAUGUACUUCAAGUUCAUGCGCGUCAUCUCCCCCGCGCUCUUCAGGCUCAUGUUCGGCAUCCACGCCUUCAUCCCCUUCAUGAUGCGCAUGCACGCCGUGCUGGACCCCCGGCUGUACGGGUGGCUGGGCUACAAGGUCUUCUCGUUCCUGUUCGACUGGACGGACGAGCGGUGGGACCGCGGGCUGCGGGACCGCAUGUUCCAGUUCGCGCCCGUGUAUGUCAGCGCCGAGUCGAUGAGGUGGUGGCUGGGCAGGGAGUGCUUCGCCCAGCACAAGUGCAUCCUCGCGACCAAGGAGGUGGUGCGGGAGGAGGACCGCAUGGACGAGGACAAGAUCAUCCCCGAGUACGAGCAUCUGGAUGUCAUCUGGGCGAUGGACGCGCCUGACCAGGUGUUCAAGGAAGUCAGGGAGGUGCUGUGGAAGACGUGCGAGUUUCGAGAUAUAUGCCGGGUGCCGACGGGGUGCGAGGAGCUCUAG